UUAAAGCACUUCUACUUCAAUACUGCGUCAAACAACUUCAACGCCAAGUUAUCCUCCUUCCUCUUCUUCUCCUCCCACGCUUGAGAACUAGAGCAGCUCAGAAAACAAUACAAACAAAUGGGGGAUUCGCGAGUGGAGACAAUCUCGAGAUUAGCACAAUGGAAAAUAGAAAAUUUUGGACCUUGCUCUUCUUACAAAAAAUCCGAAGCUUUCAAGGUCGGCAUCUGGAACUGGUAUUUAUCCAUAGAGAAAAAUCGUUAUCUGUAUGUACGAUUAUUUCCAGAACCAUCCCGUCUGGCAAAAGAACAACCUCCUAUUGCUAGUUUCGUUCUUCGAGUCUCUAUUGCUGGCUCUAACCGCAAACCAUACAUCUCUCCAGUUCAUGAGAGAUUGCUUCGGAGUUGUGAAGACUUUGUCUGGCCUGUUGAUACUACCUUUCAGGGUCGCUUCAUUAUUGAUGUUGAGUUUCUGGACCUGAAAGUGUGUCCACUGAAUGGCGGGGUGCCCAUUUCUAUAUGGCCCUGUGAUGGAUUGAUGCAAUCGGUCUCAUCCCAAAGCACUCUUCGAUGCCUCUCACGCAUGCUUGAGGAAGCCAUCCACGCAGAUGUUACCAUUCACGCUGCUGAUGGCACUUUAAGAGCUCACAAGGCAGUUCUGGCUGCGAGUUCUCCUGUUUUCCAGAGUAUGUUCCAUCAUAAUCUUAAGGAAAAGGAAUCCUCCAUAAUUAAAAUAGAAGACAUGUCGGUAGAAUCUUGUAUGGCCCUUCUCAGUUACUUGUAUGGAACCAUAAAACAAGGGGAUUUCUGGAAGCACAGGCUGUCACUGCUGGGGGCAGCUGACAAAUAUGACAUUGCUGACUUAAAAGAUGCUUGUGAGGAUAGUCUUAUGGAAGAUAUCAACACAGUGAAUGUCCUCGAGAGGCUGCAGGAAGCCUGGCUAUACCAGUUGAACAAGUUGAAGAAAGGAUGUUUGAUGUAUUUGUUCGACUUUGGCAAGAUAUACGAUGUUAGAGAUGAAAUCAAUAAUUUUUUCAGGCAAGCAGACCGGGAACUGACACUGGAGAUGUUCCAAGAAGUGCUUACGGUUUGGAAACCUGUAUAAUCUGCCACAUAGGUUUUCUGUUUCGGAUUUGGUUUCAGCCUUUGUGAAAUCGUCUUUAUAGAUAUGUAAUGAGUUUAUAGCUAUUAGCUGUGAGAUUUUAGUGUUGUCAAUGAUCUAAACCUUUGUUCUGGACUUGACAAUUAUGUGGUAUGGAAUAUGGAUGAAUAGUUUGCUCUUUUGUUUA